CUGCUUCUUCUGAACCCUCAUAUCGCAGAGGCUCGCAUUUUUGUGACUGAUUAUUCGGGCCUAUUUCAUCGAGAUGAGCGCCAUGUAUUUAUAUCAAAAAAAAUUCAAUCUGCAUCUGCAAUUGUUUUUGCAAUCAUUCAUACCUGCCAACGUGUCAUUGAAUGAAGCAGUGGAGGAAAUGUCCGAUGUCUUCUGAUGAUAUUGCUGGCGUGUGCUGUUGAACCACAGACUUCAACACAAGGCCCAGGAGAAGCUGGUCAGAGGAAAACCAAAACAGCCCAGAAUUGGGAAUCGAAUAGAAGAUAGAACCAGAUAUUGAUAGAGAAUUGGAUCUGGCAUCUCUUGCACCUGGUAUCUGGUGCAGGAGAAAGGUUUUUUCUUUAUCUCGGGGCUAUCCUUAUAUCCAUUUUCACUUCAAUACAAUAAUGGAUUAUCUAGCUCAGUUUCAAAAGGAAUCCAUGGUCUUUCAUCAGCGAAUGUAUUUUAAAGGUUUUAACAUGUAAAGGGCCUUUGAAGAUACGAAAAAAAAUGAAGAUCCCAAGGAAACCGAGACAGAAAAUAAAGGAUUAUCAGAGUUGACUAAUAACCCGGACAGUGACAAUAAAAACCUUUUUAUUGAUUUUCCCUUUCAAAUAAACCAAGGUUCUUCGCUAGUGGGCGGCGCAGUUCGCUAGCUCUCUGCGGUGGUUGCUUUGGUAACAGAUGACAUGAGUUACGGUGUAUGCACGAUACAAAAUCUAAUAGUGACCUGAAUGAUACCGUUGGCUAUUUAAAACACAUCGAGACACAAAAGGAACCCUUUGGAAACGUCUUUGUUGAUUCACCAGCGUCGACCACAGAGACGUGUGUUGGUUCAUCGGGAGCCUCAUUGUCAUUGGUCCUUAAAUACCCGGAGGGAAAGCAACAUGUGCUGCUCUGUGGACUCCCUUUGUCUCCCAGCGGAGCGGGUUUGAGGACGAGAGGAUGAGUGGCACGAUUUAGCUGGUCCCAGAUCAGUUCUGGUGGUCAGCCCUGAUCAUCAUCAGGGCUCCAGGCUGUGAGUGCAACACAUGAUGGAGGUUGAGGGGUCCCAAUCAGAACAAAGGGCCGAGUGGGUCAGGCUGGUUCACCCAGCGUGGUCUGAGUGGAGCCGCGUGUCACAUGACCGGGGGCCCUCGCUGUGCUCUUCAUUCGGGUGGACCUCAGUGUUGGUGUUUUGUGUUUUGGUGUUUAUCUCGUCUCACAUCAACGUGUGAACACGGUUCAAUUGUUCUAAACGCAAUCAAAGCAGUUUGUUUUAAUCUCAUACAAUUAACCAAUCAGUCCAUCCGCCCACAGAUCAUACCGGCUUGUUAUUUAUUCUCCAGAUCAGCGCUUGUGUGGGUGGAAUAGAAGGACUUAUGAAUACGAGCCAGAUGAUUGGCAGCUGAUCCAGAGAGAGACAGACGGGUCCCCGUCUCCCUCCCAGGACCAUGGCGGUCGCCGCGACGAUGGGAAACGGCAGCAUCUUGUCCGACGGCGGCCUCCCCCUCUACCUGCUGACCUCCAACGAGUCUUUAUUCAACGAGUCCCUCUUCAACGAGUCCCUCUUCAACGAGACGCUCAACAACACCGCGGACGAGGCCGGCUCGUCCGGCGCCGACGUGGCCGGCGUGGCGAUCUCGCUCAUCUACAUCGUGGUGUGCGUGAUCGGUCUGGGCGGGAACACGCUGGUCAUCCACAUCGUGCUGCACUACUCCAAGACGCAGUCGGUCACCAACAUCUACAUCCUGAACCUGGCCAUCGCCGACGAGCUCUUCAUGCUGGGUCUGCCCUUCCUGGCCGCGCAGAACACGCUGCAGUCCUGGCCCUUCGGCUCCUUCAUGUGCCGCCUGGUCAUGACCGUGGACUCCAUCAACCAGUUCACCAGCAUCUUCUGCCUGACCGUGAUGAGCAUCGACCGCUACCUGGCCGUGGUGCACCCCAUCUGCUCCACCCGGUGGCGGCGGCCCCGCGUGGCCAAGGCGGUGAACGUCACGGUGUGGGCGCUGUCCUUCAUCGUGGUGCUCCCCGUGGUCAUCUUCGCCAACGUCCAGCAGGCGGGCGGCACCUGCAACAUCGCCUGGCCGCAGCCCGCCGAGAUCUGGCGGGCUGGCUUCAUCGUCUACACCUCCGCCGUGGGCUUCUUCUGCCCGCUGCUCAUCAUCUGCCUCUGCUACCUGCUCAUCGUCUUCAAGAUCCGCAGCUCGGGCAAGAAGGUGCACGCCACCUCCAGCAAGCGCAAGAAGUCGGAGCGCAAGGUGACGCGCAUGGUGGUGAUCGUGGUGGCGGUGUUCGUGUUCUGCUGGCUGCCCUUCUACGCGCUGAACAUCAUCAACCUGCUGGUGGUGCUGCCCUCGGAGUACCGGGGCCUGUACUACUUUGUGGUGGUGCUGGGCUACGCCAACAGCUGCGCCAACCCCAUCGUCUACGGCUUCCUGUCCGACAACUUCAAGCGGGGCUUCCGCAAGGCCCUCUGCCGCACCACCCGCAAGGUGGAGAGCCACGAGCCACUGCCGGGCGGAGGGCUCCUGCAGCAGCAGCAGCAGCAGCAGCUGCAGGAGGAGCAGAGGAGGGUGCUGAUGCCGCGGGAGAGCCUGCGCAGGGUGAUCCGGGACGAGGGGGAGGAGGAGGACGACGACUGUGAGGAGAACAUCACGGAGAUGAGCGAGGUCUACAGGAUCUCCCAGGACGGCAACGGCUGCCUGCCGCCGCAGAGCGGCAAGACACUGGUCCCUGAGAAGGCGUCGGUGCCCGAGGCGUCGCCUCCGAGGGUGAACGACAGGGCUGGGGGCCCCAGUAGGAAGGACCAGUCUGGGGGGCCCAGUAGGAAGGACCAGUCUGGGGUUCCCAGUAGGAAGGGGCAGGACCUUCUGAAUGGCACCAAAAAUGGAAGUGUGAAAACUCUGCCAGAAGAACCAGUGGACAGCAACCCUUCUCUGGAGAUCAGCUACCUCUAACGGGAACAGAAGCGGCUUUAGAAACGCUUAUUUUUUUACUUCACUGAAGUUAAUCACGAGAACAGACUGUUUGUGCGCCUGUACUUGGACAAAAGGAAGAAAAAUAAACUGAACCGACUAUUUGUGAGUUUUCAGGGUUGAGCUCGCUUUGUAAUUAAUGUUAUCGAACAAGAAUCAGAAUCCUCAGAUCAGUGAUUAUUUUUGUGUCAUAGUUAUUGUAUAAAGUGUUCUGUGGAGUUUGUUCAGAGUUAUGUUCAGCAGUCCGUGCAGUAAUCACGAUGUGUUGUUAAUGAGUCUUGGCUGUUUAAGCGUGUGCCUUUCCUUUAAGUAAUCAGUGUUAUCUGUGUUCUUUAUGCACUGCUUGUACAUCGUAUGACAAUCACUUGUGUCAGAUAAGCUUCUGCAGCGAUCGGGCUCUCGGAGACCCAGCGGCGGUGAGACAGAGUUCUAAACAACCCCCCCAGAACCCUCUGAGACCCUGAACCCAAAACCCUGAACCCCAGACCCUGAACCCCAGACCCUGAACCACAGACCCUGAACCCCAGACCCUGAACCCCAGACCGUGGCUCGAAUCCAAUUGGCUGCCAUACCCCUCGUCAAUUCUAUAACUUUUCUUCUCGUCCCGUCAUCUUUUCUAAUGUCGUCACCACGCAGCCUUCAAUGCUCCCACACACGUCGACCGUCUCAUAACAUUAUGUUUUAGAUGAGCGAUCCUGGACCUCAGUGGGUGAGGAUCUGUGUCUGAGAUGAGGAGGCCUAUCACCACCAGCUGCAUGUUCCUCACAAGGUGUUCCAGGCAGGUGCCCCCCCCCCCCCCCCCCCCCCGCUCAGGAGAACCUGGAGAUAUCGCUGCCGGGAGCUGAUUGCGUGGUUCCAGCAACGCCCCAUGCCCAAACAACCUACCCACCCCUUCCCGUUUCACCCUGCAUGUUGUUCCUCCAACACUUAUCAGGCGGAUUGACUUUGGAGGAAAGUCAACCGCGCGGUUUCCCGCCUGAGCCUUUGUUGCCUGACCCCAGUUUGACUCCACCCUUCACUCUGAGGGCGUUGCUUUCUCUCCCCGCGCAGUUUCAGCUUCGGUGUUGGCCUGCCAUCGGAUUUUAUUUUGAUUCGCUGCUGUUGUGGUAGUUUGGUAAAAUUAUUUUUAAGUAAAUAAUCUAAAUCUCCAUCCUCCAUAACUGCACUUGCUAAGUAGGCUAUUCAAAAAUGAGAACAAUUCAAACAUGGUAAUUUCGCACUAUUUGUUUUGUGAUUGUUUUUUCGGUGACGUUGAUAAUGAUGCUUUGAUUUGAUUGGUGGGAAGCCAAGGGCCGAGUGGCUUCCCUUGGCACCCUCCUGUCACCCUCCCGACCAAUCAGAGGAGGGCAGUGUCAUGACAGUAGCCUCACCUGAUUGGUCAAUUCUUUCAUUUUUUUCACCAAGGGAUGCCAGCUCGGGCUGGCUUCCUCGCAGUGUUCAGUGUCGUGUUUCGCCGCGUCUUCAGCAGCUCGAGCGCUAGAAUGUGCUGUUUACAUCGUUUACGUCACGCACGGGGAAAUGCGUCCGGUAUUUGCCCCGUAAAGCGUGCAGUGAUAUUUUGUCUACGCAUUUAAAGUUGGCGGAAGCGGUUGAAAGCCGCGUGACAGUGUGUGCACCCAGGGCCGUAGCACGAAAAUCUGGGCCCACAAGAGGUACAAGAGGUACUGAUGGGCCCCCCAUCAGGCCCCCCCCAAAUUAACUUGUAAUCUAACUUAGUUACUUUUAAGAUCACGUAAUCAGUAAAGUAACCAAGUUACUAUUUUAAGGAGUAAGGAAGUAAACAGUAACUGAUUACUUUUUCAAAGUAACUUUAGCAACACCGUUCGGGACCCAGGGGGGCAGCGAGGGCGUCUGGUGGCUCUCGUACGGCAAACCUCAUCGUUGGACCGAGCCCUGAGUAGAGCGAUGGCUCUGUGUUAAUUCACGGUUCACUGCUGACUAAUUCUCUGAGUUUAGCCCCAGCGGUCGCAGUCUUUAGUUCACUCUGUUAUAAAAACACAUGAACGCAUGGCUGAUUACUGAAACAUUGGUAAUAGUUUACGUUUUGGUCUCUGGGUCCUGGGGGGUCCUGGGGGGGAGAACAGCUGAGAACCACCGUGUUGAAGGAAGGGUUGAAACAAAGAUGUAAAACAGAAACAUCUUUCCCUGUACGCAGGCUGCAGAGUACGCAGCAUGUGACCAGCAUCACCCAUACAGACGGGGCGUAUAUGAUAUUCAGUUCAGUCCACUGUUUCUAUAUCCACCUUCCUCUAUCUACCCGCGGGACGGGACCUUAUGAUGCCACACUGGGCGAUGCGAGGCGAUCCAUCUCUCAGCAGCGUCCCGUCUGAAAACAGAUCCGGUUACCUCCGGUUAUUACAACGUCGGCCCCUGGGGAGACCGGGGGGGGAGGGCUGACAGGGUCUCCCGCCAGGUGAGGCUCUAGUGUAGAUUCGGCCGCGGUGGUAGCAGCGGCGCGGUGGCAGCGGCGCGGCGGCGGCGGCGCGGUGUGUGCAGCGAUUGCCCCCCGCCCCGAGCUGUUCCUAAUCACCGCUGGAUGAUUCAUUCACCGGCUCACCGGCCGCCGCCGCCGCUAUUUAUAGACGCUGCCGAUAGAGUGGAACAAUGUUAUCUCCGCCGUCGGGCGGGAGACCACGGGCCAGCACGCUCCCGGUCCCCCGCCGUGAAGGAGAGGUCUGGGGCAUCGUUAGGGCUCAAACAAGACGCCGGGGAACCCCUGGGAACCUGGGCCCCUGGGGAACGGGUAGUCUGGGGGCUCAGGGACCUGCAGGCCGGGGUAUCACUAGUGUGGACUCUGGGUCGAUGGUUCCAGGGUCCGCCUGCGCCCCUCCAGGAGUCCCCUGUUUACUACCGUGUGUGUGUGUGUGUGUGUGUGUGUGUGUGUGUGUGUGUGUGUGUGUGUGUGUGUGUGUGUGUGUGUGUGUGUGUGUGUGUGUGUGUGUGUAUGAGUUAAGUACGUGUGUGUGUGUUUGUGUGUGUGUGUGUGUGUGUG